AUGGCAUCUCGCAGUGUGAUGAGGUCCCUCACCCGAGCCUUGCGCAGCAGCAGACCGGUGCGCGGUUUCCGUGCGCUGGGCACCAGUCGGAUCCUUUCAGAUCGCUCCAAGAUUGCGGAAGCGCUGAAGAGCUCCCCGGCAUCCAUGAAGCACCAAUUCCCAGCAGACUACCACAUUUUUGAAGACGCGGCCGCUGGUGCUGGGCUGGAGGCCCACGAGGGUGCGGCUGCCGUGUUGGGCCUACUGCAUCGGGUUGGUCUUUGGGACCUGGUGAAUGCGAUGACGCAGUUGCAGGCACAAGUCCAACAAGCACAGGCCGAGAACAAUGUCCUGAAGGAGCGCAUGGCGAACUAUGAGGCUGCGAAUGUGGGUGUGGCCAACGGAGGUGGAGUUGAAGCACGAGAAGUCCUUCAAGCUCUACGAGGGUUGCCAGAUGCCAUUGCGAAGAUGUCCAAGCCGAAGGGGCUCUUCGACCCGAAGGGGCUUGGGAAGCCGCAGACCUUGGGAGAGGACGCGGAGAAUAGAUUCCGCUUGUGGGCGGUGAAGCUCGAGGACUAUGUGUACGGCGUCUAUGGUGGGAAGAGCAGAGAAGUCUUGGAGUGGGCAGCAGCCAUGGACUCUGAGAUCGGUGAUAAGGAGAUUUCGGACAACUAUGGCAACAGUGCUGACCUGCUGGAUCAAUGGGAUGAUGUCUACGACUUCAACAACCAGCUCUACAGUGUCUUGCGAGCUACAACAGAAGGAGUUCCUUUUGACGUGGUUGAGAACGUGGUGACUGGAGCCGGACUGGAUGCUUGGAGGAGCCUUCACAAGAGGUUUGACCCGGCCACGGGUAGCAGAAAACGGGUGAUGCUGCACGCCUUGACGAACCCCGAGCGUGCAAGCUAUGAGACGCUCCAGAGUGCCCUUGAGCGUUGGAAGGCACUCAAGCUGAGGUAUGACAAGAAGAAGGACCAGUUCGGGGCAAGGGAACCGUUGCCGGAGUCGUUGGUUAUGAACUCUUUGGAGAAGCUGGUUCCAAAAGAUCUUGAACAACAUCUACUUCUCAACUAUGCAAGGUUCAAGACGUUCGAGGAGAUGGAAUUGGAAGUAGUCAAUUUCAUAGAAGCCAAGACAGGGAACCGUCUGAACAUCAGCACCAACUUCGCCAAGGCUGGUGGCAGCUCUUCGUCCGCCAUUCCCAUGGACGUGGACUCUUUGGUUCGAGUAGUACAAGGUUCCAUCAGCUCUCUGGCACAGACGAAGGGUGGUGGCAAGAGCAAAUCAGGGGGAUCCAACAAGAUCAACCCUCGAUUUGAGGCCGGCAUCAGCAAGUGGUCUGGAACUAUGCUCGGUGGAGUUGGCAACGCUCACAUUGGUUCAUCCAGAAGAAGAAGACCCAGGACAGAGGAGACCACGGAGUCCGCUGAGGCUUCCGGGCACUAUGAGGAGGACGAGAUCUACGUCACCUUCUUCGAGGAGUGGAGCGACGAGCGCAAUGAGUUCGUCUAUGUGACCCCAGAUGCAGAGCAAGAAGAAUCUUGGGAUUUUCCUGAAGAACAACAUGGUGAACUUCCUGAAGUACCUCAUGAAGAACCUGCAGCAGAAGGAGCUCGAGACCGGAGUCACUCUGAAGUUUCGUCUUUGGCUCCUGGAGAACCACACUGGAUUUGCUGCAACCUGGACACCGGUGCUUCAGUGACGGUGUUCCCCAAGCGCUUUUUCGAGACCCUGGAGCCUACAUCCAUGAGGUUGAGGACGGCAUCGGGAGAGGUGGUUCAGGGCUAUGGCAAGGCAGCCAUUCGAGGAGAAGACACCACUGGCAUCAAGCGGAAGCUCAACGGCAAUGUGGCGGAUGUUCACAAGGUGCUCAUCAGCGCUGGUCAGAUGCAUGAGAAGGGCUUCACUUCGUGGCUUGGGCAAGGUGGUGGUGAGAUUAUCCCGAAGAACCACCCUGUGAACAAGGCAUUGGAAGAGGCAUACCACAAAGCAGUGGCAAGACAUGGGAAGGACGGGAUCAUACCUGUUUUGGAAGAGGAUGGAGUUUACAACUUCUACCUGAAGGAGGACAUUCCAGUGGAAGGGGCUGUAUCACCAAGGUCGCCUACGGGACCACCAGUUCAGAGAAGUUCUGUGGGUGGGACAUCGGUGACUCAUGAGGUGGUGCAGAUCCCAAGGAGGUCAACUACGUCAUCGCCGACAAGUUCAACAAGAUUGGCAUGUGCAAUUGAAGAAGAGGUGGAACUACAGGAUGGAGAAGGAGAGCAAUUCUCUGAAGGAGUUGAGGCUCGACCCGCACGUCCUGGCUGGGAUCCGGCAGUUCCAACGGAGGAGGAGAAGAAAGAACAUGAGGCCUCGGGGCAUGCGGUGUUCCGCAACUGGUGCCCUGAAUGCUUGGCCGCUACAGGUUAUGCAAAGCAGCACCGCAAGGUGGAUCACUCUCAGGAGACUAUGAACACCGUGGUGAUGGACUUCUUCUACUUGGGCGAGGAAGAGGGCAGCAAGCCACAUCUUGUUGCUCAAGACAGAUCGACAGGGAUGAUGAUGGCAACAGCUUUGGAAAAGAAAGGGAACCCAGAUACCACUGCGCAGAAACUCCUGACCAGGUUCCUGGAGCUGCUUGGAUGGAAGAACAUCAUCCUGAAGUCUGACGGUGAGCACACCUUGGUCAAGUUGAAGAAGGCCGCAGGGAGAGAUGCGCAGACCGUGAGCAAGGUGGUUUGCGAAGAGUCUCCAGCCGGAGAUUCAAAGGCGAACGGAGAAGCAGAAGCAGCAGUGCGGGAGAUCAAAUGGCGCAUCAGGGCCAUUACUAUGAUGGUUGAAAAGAAGUUCGGUGGCACUUUGCCAGAAGGACACCCGCUGCUGACUUGGGUGCCGCGCUAUGCGGCAGAACAGGCCAACAGACACAGAGUUGGCGCUGAUGGCAAGACGCCGGAAGAGCGGCGAACAGGCAAGAAAUGGGUGAAAGCCCUUCCAGUUUUUGGCGAAAAGAUCAUGGUGAAGCCUGCUGGAAAAGGGCGUCGAGGAGAUUUGACGAGGAUGAGAGAAGCCCGAUUUGUUGGGUGUCACAACAGGUUUGGCAGCAUUUUGGCCAUGACCAAAGAUGGAGUUGUGGUUGGAAGCUCUUACCACGCUUUGAGUGAGGAUCAGAAGUGGGGAGAGCUGGAAGAUGACCUACGUGGAGCACCUUGGGAUGUCAGGGCAUAUGUGAGGAGGAGACCGGUUGAGCAGCAACAGCAGUUGGCUUUGCCUGCACCCAUGCCGGUAGUUGCUGGAGCUCCCCAUCCUGGACAAGCUCAACAACCAGUGGGGCCAGAUCGAGAUGAAGGAGCCCAUGGACAAGUUGAAGCUGAGAAGGGUGAGGAGGCUGUGGACAAGAGCCCAAUGGUUGGAGCGCCAAGUGCUUCAUCGGAAGUGCCCUCAGGUUUAAAAAGGGCAUGGCCGGUCAAGAGAGAUCAUUUGGCCAAGUAUGGGAAAACUACGGGAUGCCCUGGUUGCACAUCUUUGGUGCGAGGAGUAGGGUUUCAACAAAUGGCACACAAUGAAGAGUGCCGGCAACGCAUCAAACGUCACCUGAUGGAGGAAGAUGAGAAGAAGAGAGAAGAAGUAAAAAGGUUGAGAGAGGAGGAGGACAAGGAGAUGAGCCUUGGAGAGGCUCCCAUGGCGGCAGCAGAGCCCGGUAACCUGGCGACUGGAGGAGAGUCGUCGGGGUGUCACGCGGCUGGAGGAGAGCCUGCUGUUGACCUGGGAGAUUCACUGCCAGCCGAGGCGGGGGUCAAAAGAAAGGCUGAGGACGAGGUCAUAGAUGUUGAUGACCUGGUGAGGUCGACGGAGGCUGGGGAGACCUUGAAAGAACGGUCAGUUCAAGCCCUGUCAGAGCUCUUGGACAGCUAUGAGGCGGCAAAGACGGUGGCGCAGUUGGCGGCCAUGGACGUCAUAGAAGUCUUUUCUCCACAGAGGCUGAACACCAUGGUGGAGAGGUUUGGGCUGAGGAAAGGAGCAGCCAUCGAUUUGGAGGAGGUCAAGCCUGACGGAACAGAGUUUUGGGAUCUUGACCGCAUGGAGGACUUUGAGCAGCUGAUGGAUUUGAUUGCGGUGGAACAACCAUGGUUGCUGACGAGCUCACCUCCGUGCACUACGUUUUCUUCACUGAGGAGGCUGAGCAACUUCAAGAGGCCAAAGGAAGUGGUGGAGGCAGAAGAGUCCUUGGGCAAGCUUCGAUUGUCGAGGUCUUUGGAAGUUGCAAGCUUCAAGAUUCACUUGGUGGAUGAGAUGGUGAACCUCCCCAACACGUUCUUGGUGCAGAGCCCCAUGUGCCGUUUCAACAUGAUGGCACAAGAUGACGAAGGUCGCAAAGUCUAUCCGAGAGAAUUGUGCGAGGCAAUCCUGAGGGGUCUGAAGAACCAGCUGGAGAGAGAUCACAGCAUCAGUGCCAUUGAGGAGCAAGUGGGUGGCCCAUCCCCUGAUGAUGCAGUGGAAUGGGAACAUCAGUUGGAGCAGUUUGUGGAUGAUUCUUCGGGGCAGCUCUUGGAUGCCAAGCUGGUGCAGAAGGCGAGGCAAGAAGAGUUGGAGUGGCUUCGCAAGGAGAAUGUCUACAUCAGGGUGAGCGCUGAGGAGUGCACUGGAAAACCCUUACAACUCAAAUGGGUUGAUGUCAACAAAGGAGAUCAUCAAGCACCGAAGAUCAGGAGUCGCUUGGUGGCGAAGGAAAUCAAGAGGGCAAAGCCGUUGUCUGAGCAGCUUGGAGGCGCUGAAACAUUUGCAGCGACGCCUCCUGUGGAAAGCGUUUAUGCUUUGAUGAGUGCCUUCAUGACAAGGAGGACGAGAAGUGAGGUGAAAGGCUUGACAGGCCUGGUCCAUGGAGAUGACUUCUUGGUGGUGGGCAACUUGGAAGAGCUCAAGUGGUUUGACGAGACGCUCAAGUGGUUUGACGAGACGCUCAAUGCCAAGUACACCGCGAGAUGGGAGUCACUUUUGGGCAAAGACAAUGGCAAGAAGCAGGAGAUGUUUUUCCUGAACCGCCUGAUCAAGUAUUUUCCAGAUGGAGCGGGUGGAGCAGAAAGACUGGAGAUCGAGGCAGAUGCGAGGCACGUGGACCUUCUGAUCAGAGACUUUGGCUUUGAUGCAAAGACGAAGGGCUGCGACGUGCCAGAGGACAAACCUACAUCUCUGGACCUCAUCGAGACCGAGAGGCAGCCUGGGCUGGGAGGACAAAUGCCAAGUCAGUUCAGGUCGAUGGUGAUGAGACUGGCGUAUCUUUCAACUGAUAGGCCAGACCUAUGUCAUCCUGUUCGAGCACUGGCAAGUGCUAUGAAGUCUCCGAAGAUGAACGAUUGGUUGAAGCUGAAGAAGGUCGUCCGCUACUUGCUCAAGUUCCCCUACAUGAAGCGGACCUUCCAGAAGCAGACGCUUGAGAAUGCGGCAGUGAUUUCCUACAGCGAUUCAGACUGGGCUGGUGAUUUGAAAACCCGCCGAUCAACAUCGGGUUCGGUGGUGAAAUGGGGCAGCCAUACGCUGCUGGUGAAGGGAUCGAGUCAGAAAGUGGUGGCCUUAUCAAGCUCAGAGAAUGAGUACUAUGCCAUGACGAGAACUGCAACUUUGGCUGAGUUCAUCCGCGGCAUCUUUGACUUUUGGGGCUGGAAGACCAAAGCCACGAAGCUGAGGGUGGACAGCUCGAGUGCAAAGGCGCUGAGUGAACGCCGUGGAGUGGGGCAGAGCCGGCACAUCCAGGCGAAGUUCUUGUGGUUGCAAGAUCGUGUGGCAGAACGUGAAUUGGAGGUGGAGAAGAUCAAAGGGCCGACCAACGACAGCGAUCUGGUGACGAAGGUGCAAACAAAGGACUUGGAGCUGCUUCAUAACUUGGGCAUUCACACCGAGUGGGUUCAGCACAACGCACGUCCAGGCACCCUUUAUGACGAGGCCCUGCGCUACGAGAAGGGUUCCGCCAUUCUGAGCACCGGCGCCCUGGCUGCCUUCUCAGGCGCCAAGACUGGCAGAUCGCCCUUGGACAAACGCGUGGUGCUGGAGGAAAGCACGGAGAAUGACAUUUGGUGGGGUCCGGUGAAUGUGCCUCUCUCUGAGAACACCUUCAAGAUCAACCGAGAACGAGCCAUUGACUACUUGAACACACGAGAACGCCUAUACGUGUUCGAUGGCUUCGCUGGGUGGGACCCGGACUUCCGCUACAAGAUUCGAGUCAUCACCAGCAGAGCGUACCAUGCACUCUUCAUGCACAACAUGCUCAUCCGACCGACCGAGGAGGAAUUGCUGAACUUCGGCGAGCCGGACUACACCAUCUACAACGGCGGCGCCUUUCCGGCGAACCGUGCCACCGAUGGCAUGACCUCCGGGACCUCGGUGAGUCUGAACUUCAAGACCCGAGAGGUGGUGAUUUUGGGCACGCAAUAUGCUGGGGAGAUGAAGAAAGGUGUUUUCACCAUCAUGAACUACUUGCUGCCCAAGCGUGGAAUUCUGAGCAUGCACGCCAGCGCCAACGAGGGCAAGGCCGGCGAUGUGACCAUUUUCUUCGGCCUCAGUGGAACGGGAAAGACCACGCUGUCCGCAGAUGAGAAUCGCUUGCUGAUCGGCGACGACGAGCAUGCCUGGACAGACAAGGGUAUCUUCAACAUUGAGGGCGGUUGCUAUGCCAAGGCCAUCGGCCUCACACGUGAGAAGGAGCCUGAGAUUUGGGAUGCGAUCCGCUUUGGCGCGCUGCUGGAGAAUGUGGUCUUCGACCAACGCACAGGCGAGGUGGACUACAACGACGGCAGCAUCACAGAGAACACACGGGUGUCGUAUCCCCUGGAGUACAUUCCCAACGUGAAGAUCCCGGCCGUGGGCGGUCAUCCAAAGAACAUCAUCAUGCUGACCUGCGAUGCCUUCGGAGUGUUGCCCCCCGUGUCCAAGUUGACUCCUGCACAGGCCAUGUAUCACUUCAUUUCUGGCUACACUGCCAAGGUGGCUGGUACUGAGAUGGGUAUCACGGAACCCACCGCCACCUUCUCGGCAUGCUUCGGCGCACCCUUCAUGGUGUGGCACCCGGCCAAAUACGCGGAGCUUUUGGCUGAGAAGAUGUCCAAGCACAACGUGAAUGCUUGGUUGAUCAACACCGGCUGGACCGGUGGCGCCUUUGGCACUGGACACCGAAUGAGCUUGAAGGACACCCGUGCCAUCAUUGAUGCGAUUCACUCGGGGGACCUGGCAAAGGCGGAGUAUGAGUCCUUUGAGCGCUUCAACUUGCAGGUGCCUAAGACUUGCGCCAAUGUGGACACCAAGAUCUUGAUGCCCAACAAGACCUGGGCCGACCAGGAAGAGUUCAAGGUGACCGCAGCCAAAUUGGCCAGUCUCUUCAAGGACAAUUUCAAGAAGUAUGAGGAGGGUUGCUCUGCGGACAUCAUCGCAGCGGCUCCGCACUAG